AGGCAGUGGAUACAUGUGCCUUGUUUACAUCUGUGCCAUGGUGGCUGUCGCUGAUCUAAAACAUUAGGAAUGACAUUUGAAAGAGAGAGAGAAGCAAGCGGCGACGCCCCCCACCCCUAAUCUCCACUGCGCGCCCCUCCCCAUUGCUGAGCGCAGCUGCCCAAGCGCCCCCGGCGGCAAGCGGAAGGCGAGGGGCGGCCGGAGCGCGGCGGCGGGGCUCUUUGCCAGCCCGGAGAAGGCGGAGCCGCACAGGCGGCCGGGCCAGGGCGCAGCGCCGAGCCCCACCGGACAAAAGGAGCUGCCUGGCUGGCGAGCGAGCGAGCGAGCGGUGAGCCUGCGCCCGGGGACCCCGCGGGGAGCCAAGUUCAAAGUGAGGCACCUGUGACCAGCAAGAAAAUCCAGAUUAUUAUUUUGUCCUGUUUCAAAGAAGGAAGUUCCUUCCCAUUUUGGGUUUAGAACUGCAGCCUCCCAAACCUGAUGACAGACAUAUUUACGUGUAAGUAAUCCCCUCUCAGUUCAAUGGGACUCUCUCUUACAAAGACGGAAUGUUAUUACCUGGAGCUUUCGUUAAGUACUUGGAUAAAAUAAAUAGAUACCUUCUUUUCACAUCUAAAACAACAUCUGCCCCAGUUAAAUCAGCAAUACCUUUUUAUGUCGAAGGUAGUGAGUAUGGAAGGAGAUGGACUUAACUGUGGGAGAAAGAAGAAAAGGGAGAAAUCGAGUCAACAUCUUAUGGCGGUGGGGGAGGGUGUGUGUAUUUUUAUAAAAGUGAUAAAUUGAUAAAAUAGCUUCUUAAUGAUGUCAUAAUCCAAUGGAACAAGACAGACUGCAAUAGGAACAAGACAGACUGCAAUCCCGCUUUCUAGGGAGUAGGCCCUGUUGAAUUCAGUAGGACUUACCUCUGAGUAGGAAUGGUUAGGAUUGUGCUGUUACUGCAGAAAAGGGAGCAUAUAGAUUUUUCUUUGUCUUUGACUGCAUCCAUUUUCAGGCUUUGGUUGUUGAACUGAGCAAGAUUAGUCCCAAGCAUGGCAGACAGGGGCUUGUUACAGGGUGGGGUGAACAUUCAGGUGUGGCGCUCCAGAUGUUGGUGGACUACAAGCCCCAUCAUUCCUAACCAUUGGUUAUUUGCAUCAUUGGCCAAAAGGCUGGUUCGAGGGAAGCUUCUGGUUUCCUGCACUUCUUAGCUUCAGGUGAUUCUUCCUACAUUCGCCUGUCAGGAACACUCACUGACCGUGAUGGAUUCUGGGUGGUGUGUGAAGCACGAUCCUCUUGCCACCCUUGAUUGUCUAUGCCAGGCAGGUAGGGCUUGCAUCAUAGAGGUGGCAGGGCCCUCUGAUCACAACCACAUAGAGCCAUAGAAAACUUUCGAUUUAGCUUUGGAUCAUAGAACUGCAAAGUUGGAAAGGCCUGAUCCAGCCCAACGCAAUGCAGGAAUCCCUGACACAUGGCCAUCCAACCUCGCGUUGUGUUGUGUUGUGCUGUUUAUAUCCCACCUUUCGUCCAGUUGGGGACUCGAGACUGCUUACGCAGUUAAAAUAAAACCAGCUGAAAACAUAGAAGGGGCUUGGACUGUGGGAUGUGAUAGUUAAGAAGCAGUCAAGUACAACAUUCCUUGUUUUCCUAGAGAGGACAUGCAGGGGAAUGUUUUGUUCACCCAGUCGAAAACUUCCUGUUUCCUCCUGGCUGGAACAUCCUUUGCAUGUGACUGAAUGUGGGCGUGACCUCACCUGUCCAGGUAACAAAAGGACAAGGCACGCAGCACAUUCGCUCUCUCUUUGACUUCCUCUGUCCUUGGAGCAGCUUUUUAGCUAUAAACGCCCUGUUGCCUUUCGGCUGAUAUAAGCAAAAAUCUGCCCUUAUUCCCUUAUGGGGUACACAAGAGCCCUUAUUGGGAAGAGUGCCACUCUCGCACCCAGGUCCUGCUUGUGGGUAUUUUCAUGGGGCAUCUGGUUGGCCACCGUGGGAAGAAGAUGCUGGACUAGGUGGGCCCCCUUGGGCCUGAUCCAGCCUCAGGACUCUUCUCAUGUUCUCCAAGGUUCUGUGAACAAGGAAGGGCCUCUGUGAAACAAUGUAGUAGUGGGUAAACAGAUCCCUUUAGAAACCCCCCAACACCUCCUUAAAAGCAAAUGACUUGCAGUGGCAAGAUGGGGAAGGAGAUGGCUGGAAGGGAGCAAAUCCUCAGGAGAGUUACUCAGCACCAGGAGGGCAGGAUGAGCUGUUUGACCCGAUUAGCAACUUUCUCUGUAGUCAAAACCUUUUCCUGCUUCUUUCUUUCCUUCUGGUUUUUUUUUAAUGUGUUAGCAAAAGCUGCUAAGAUUAGAAUAGAGGAAGUGAAUUGCCUUUGAAGAGUUUCCUCCUCGUUUGUUUUUUCGAUCCUAGAAACAGCCGUCAGUCACAUCCAGACACAUUCCCCCCCCCCUCUGGGUCACCAAGUUGCCAAGUUGCACAUUUGCCCAGCAGACGAUACAGAGAUAGAUGCUGGUGGUGUUUGGAGAAAGCCUGCAGAUUUUGGAGGCGUCAGACCUUGGCCUUGUGAGGGGUUGGGUGCUGCGGGAAGAGUGCUGUCAUUGUUCUACUCACCUCACCUCAAAAUCUUCACCUGCAUUUUUUCAGCUAAUGUGAUCUGAAAGCAAAAGAGCAUUUACCGCCCGAGCGAACAUGAAGCUGAACGAGCGGAGCUUGGCCUUCUACGCCACCUGUGACGCCCCGGCGGACAAUGCUGGCUUCCUCUACAAGAAGGGGGAGCGGAACACAGCCUACCACCGCCGCUGGUUUGUGCUGAGAGGGAACAUGCUCUUCUACUUCGAGGACCGGGAGAGCCGGGAGCCGGUGGGGGUCGUCAUCCUGGAGGGCUGCACCGUGGAGCUGUGCGAGUCCACAGAAGAGUUUGCCUUCGCCAUCCGCUUUGACUGCGCCAAGUCCCGCACCUACGUCCUGGCGGCGGAGAGCCAGGCCGCCAUGGAGUGCUGGGUCAAGGCUCUCUCUCGUGCCAGCUUUGGCUACCUGCGGCUGCUGGUGAGGGAGCUGGAGAAGCAGCUGGAGGAGAUGCAGAAGGGCUCUUCCAGCUGCCCCCGGGUCCAGCGGAGGGCACCGCUUUACCGGAAGAACAAAAUGGCGCUGAAUAAUUCACAGGACUUGCUCCCGGAGAAGCCGGCCGUCCCAAUUUGCAUCCCGGCAAAAGAAAAUGGCUGUGCCCUCUGGUACAACUCCGAAGGCCCAACCAGCCUGCCGGCAGGGUACCCCCAAGGCAACUCCUGGAGCACAAGGACCUGUGGGGAGGACAGCUUCAAUGGGGGUCUGAAGCCCCCACCGCUGCCUCCUCGGAGGAGGGCCCUGUCGGGCAAUUCCUGUAGUUCAGAGGGCCCUGGCAGCCUGGGCUGUUUUUCCAGACUCCAUGACUGGUACGGAAGGGAAGUCCUGGAGCUGAGAAGGACAUGGCUGGAGGGACAAAAGGAUGGAGGCCUGUGAGGGGCUCCUUGGCUGCGGGGGCCACCCUGGGAGGCCAGUAAAUGGAGACCUUGGCUGCUGUAGGUAACACUCAGUUUCUGGAAACUCUGCUCUCUGCCUGCCGUUGCGCCGACCUCCUGCCCAACUCAUGGAUGGUGGCAGGAGGAUUUUCCUAUUGCCUUUAAAACCUGGGCCAGUUGCUUUUCCACUCCUGUUCCCCCUCUCCGUGCAGUUCCUGGAGAAGACUUGCCAUCCUUUUGCACCUAGAAAGCCUCAGCUUGUUAAUGAUAAAAAGGGAUCUGACUUUAAUACCAGCUGUCACCACUACCCAGGCCAGACUAGAACCACCGUCAGAGGAGUUGACAUUUCUUACCAUGGUCCUUUGCUUCCUGGCAGGGGCUUCUGCCGUUGAGACGGAUGUCUGCUGUUACCAAACUCUUUCAGUUUGGGGCGGUGGGAGAGCAUUCUAAGCAGUGGGAUCAGAUGGUUUGGGCCAGCUCUCCACCAAAGGGAAGGCAGAGACUUCUACACGGACCAUCCCGGUUCUGACACCAUGGCGGGACUGGUUUGGAAAAGGUUGCCCCAUCAUUUUACUUGCUGCGUCCUGGAAUUCUUCCAUCUUGCAUCAAGCACUGUCAGGUGUUGGGGCUUCCUGGUUUGUCGUUGUUAAAGUAGAGGCACCUGAGCAUACAGGUGUGAGAGAGGAGGAAGGGCCAUCCCACAGAGGCCCUCAGGGACCCUUCAUUCUGCAUGCUCCUCUGAACUCAGUUUCAUCUUUGAAUGGUACUGAUUUAGGUGAGGUUAAGACUAUGGCUACACUACAAUUGUAAAUGGGUUUAAUACUCAACCUCCCCCCCAUCCCAAAUAUGACCUUGGGGAACUGUCCACUAAGAGUCCGAAAUAAAGGGCAGCUGUCAAUUUUUCCCUGGUGCUCAUGGUUAAUGAUUCAGACACGGCUACAAAAUGCAAGGAGCAGGCUCUGUUUAUUUGCGGAAGAAAAACGUCUGUGUCCUGCCAUAGCAAAAUACUGGACUGCAGCAAUUGCUAGUCCGGCUCAGGGAAGACAUUUUGGAAUCGAUGGUCAUGACUUAACUUGGGGCCAUUAAUUUCAAGGGGUCUAAUCUGAGUAGCACUUAGGAUGCAUUCACACAGCAGUUGCCGUAGUUCCAAUUUUCCUAAUAUUUCCAUUACUGUUAAUUUCUGCAACAUAUUCCAGCUUUUGCAUGACAUAAAAGGCACUUCUGAAAUAUAGUGGAAAAUGGAGCCAGUUUAGUGCUCUAUCUGUGAUAUAAAAUUCAUUUGCUUGCAGAAAAAAAUCAUUCUGCAGAUAACAUGGAAAUGUGUGCUAUAUUUGUUCCAUAUUAUGCUAUGUUUCCGGAAGUAGCUUUUACGUUGAGUGAAAGUUAAAAUGCAACGCAGAACUUAGCCAUUAAAGAAAUGUCGUGGAAACUGAAUAAACAGCAGCGUGGAAGAUUUCCUCGGUCUUGACCCCCCCCAUUUACCAUUUUAUAAAGCCUAUUUGAAGGGCAAAGAAUCUUUCUUGAACUAUAGCCAUCAUGACAACGCUGAGAGGGAAUCUCAUUGUGAUCCCAUUUUACAGAAAAGGAGUUGAGUGAGUUGCCCCACAUGUACAUGUUUUUUUUGUGUGUGUGUGUGCAGGGGGACGCUCGGCUGGCUCUCGUGAUGUUCAUUUCUCCUUUACUCUUCAUUGCUAAAGAGGGAGAAGCAGCAUAGCAUAGUGGUUAGAGUGCCAGGGUUUCAGACAAAGGACAUUCCCAGCCUUACCUGGAGAUAUUGGGGGUUGAACCAGGGACCUGUCUAGCUCUGCCACUGGACUACAGCUCCUUCCCCUCAAAAUGAAGUUCCUAGGCCUCCUGGCUGUUGAUAAGGAGUUGAGUUAAAUAGGAGCACAGGAAGUUGUCUUGCUCCAAGCCACAUCACUGGUUCAUCUCAUUCCAUGUUGUCCAAACUGGAGUGGCUGCCGAGCAUCCCCUGGGCCUCAUCAGGAAAUGCUACAGACUGAACCUUGGACCUUCUCCAGAGGUCAGGUUCCUGCUUUUCACAUUUACAAAUGCCAGUGCAAUGCAGCGUGGGAAAUUGCAUUGGUAAACUGGAAGACUGGAAGAGAAAAGAAAUGCCAUCUUGGGUGGGGAAUCAGGCAACCAUUUCCAAACUUCAGCCAAAAAGAGGUGGCGUCAUGCGACACCACCUGAGCUAUUUUUCCAGCCUGGGCUUUUCUUCUACAGAUGCUCCUUGAGUCAGGUUUGUGUGAAGUGGGGUUCCAGCGAAACCAGCUUUGUUUAUGUUUCCCUGUAGGUAUAUAUAAUCUAUCACUUCUCUGUUCCUGCUUCCUUCUGAUGAUCUCGGCUAACACAGACUGUAAAAAUAGAACGGAAUAUGUGCAUCCCUCUGUCAGCCUCCGAUCUUGCAUUAUGGGAUAGGAGAAGAAUGCGUCCUCUGCAUUUCUGGUUGGUAAUGUCCAAAAAGAUGCAUUUAGGCAAACGAAAAUAGGAUGCAGCUUGCGAGCUAAUACUGAUCCUGUCUAGUUCAGCAUUGCCUACGCGGACUAGCAGCUGCUCUCUGGGGGUUUCAAGCAGGGGGCUGUUUGCAGACAAGGACAGGCUUCCUUGCAACAAAACCCAGCUUGCCCACAGCUGCUGGCUUGCAGCUGUGGGAGGCUGGGUGCCCGGUGCUUGGAGGCAGGCUUGGGGAUGCCUUGUGUCGAAAGUGCAGGCAGCUCUUUAAGGACAGAGGGCAUAUUUUUGCCACUGAAAGAGGAGAAUGCAAUUUUGUCACUCGGUGUCUCCAGCCACAAGAGUCAGCAGGAAGCAAUUGGUGUAUUGUGCCAAGCUUUCACCAACUUGGUACCUUCCAGAUGUUUUGGGCUACAACAGCAUGCUGGCUGGGGGCUUUAGUCCAAAACUCAAGACUGGCACUAUGGCAAAAGGUUAAGUCUUCUUCCCCCGUGAUCUUUUAUGCUUGAGCGUACUUCAGUGGGCACAACCUUCCUCACUAGAUCUUGCCGCCUGCCUUUCAGUGAUUUCAAAUUCAUUGCCGUCUCCAAACAGUGUGCUAGUUGCAGGUUGGAUGUGACAAUUCAUUUCCCUCGAGUCCCUGGCAGUUGUGCCAGUCACAUUCCCUGACAAGUCAUGCAGUGAGAAUUUGCACAACAAGGCAAAACCAGUUUGGAACUUGAUUUCACUGCCGUGGCCUUCCUUUCCCUCAAUGAGGGUCUUGAGGAAUCUUUGGGUAAGUGUUGGCGAUGGGAGAAA